AUGAUAGGGGAAACCCAAGUCACUGUUGCAGCCCAUAGAUCUUUAAAUCAUUCUAGAGGCGUUAUAUCGGAACGAGAAUUCCAGACAGACCUUGAGGAAGACAUCCUAAAUUGCCUCAAAGAACAAAAUGUAAUAGCUGUUCGUAGAAUCACGAUUAAAAAAAACAAUCAAAUCCAGCCUACAAAGCACCUUAUCUUAACAUUCAACACUCCUGUUUUACCAAAAUCUGUGAAAAUAGCCUAUAUAAACUGUUCUGUUAAACCAUACAUACCGAAUCCCAUCCGAUGUUUCAAAUGUCAGAAAUUUGGACACACCAUAACUGCAUGCAGGGGAGACAAAGAAAUUUGUGCUCGAUGCUCCCUUCCUGAUCAUAAUAGUAACAAUUGCACUUCGACAACACCAAAAUGUUUCAAUUGUAGCGGUGACCAUCCGGCAUACUUCCGAUCAUGCCCACGUUACAAAGAAGAAAAAGAAAUUCAAACAGUUAAAAUCACAAAAAACAUACCUUUUCCAGGAGCUCGAAAAAUAGUAACAGACAGAACACCUAAACCAGGUCUCUCGUAUUCUGCUGCAUUAAACUCAACAACUGAACGAAAUUCGCAGCCAAUACCUAAACCGACUGUUAAUAAUCCUGUAACACCUUCAAAUACCAACCCAGAUACUCUUCAUGAACUUAAGCGAGCAUUGCAGAACUCACAUCCUACAGCACCUGGACCUGACGGCAUUCAUCAUGACAUGAUAAAAAUUUGA